CUCCUGUUGAACACAAUUUCAACCUCGACGUCGUUUAUGGCGACUCAAUAGUACCCGGAAAUGAUCGAGGGUAACAGCACCCGCAACAGCACCUGCCCAGGUGGCAGCAACGAUCUUUUCGGUAGGGACCGGCCGCGCGCUUUCCACCUCCAAAUCGCCAUCUCUGCCGCGCUCGGCAUAGGGGCCUUCCUGGCCUUUUGCUUCCUCCGCCCACGAUGGAAAGGCCUUUACUCUGCGCGCAAGAAGCAGAACAACCUCGCGACAGCGCUGCCCGACCUUCCCGAUAGCUUCUUCGGCUGGAUUAUACCGUUAUGGAGGAUCACCGACGAGCAGGUGCUCGCCUCAGCCGGUCUCGAUGCUUACGUAUACCUCGCAUUCUUUAAGAUGGCUAUCAAGUUUCUGCUUGUUACGCUGUUCUUUGCGCUAGCCGUCAUCAAGCCAGUCCACGACACUCACCAGGACAAGGAGGGAAAGAAGUCCCCGAUUGGCAAGAAACCCAGCCAGGAUCGCAUCGAGAUACGAAGUACACUCUCGACAUUUGCCUCAGGCUACGAACAAUACACCGACUAUUUGUGGAUGUACCUUGUUUUCGUAUACCUCUUCACCGCCCUCAUAAUGUAUUUGAUCGUUUCGGAAACGAGGAGGAUAAUCGAUGUCAGGCAAGAGUACUUGGGAAGUCAGACGACCAUCACCGACCGAACCAUCAGAUUAUCUGGCAUCCCCGUCGAACUACGGUCCGAGGACAAGAUCAAGGACUUCAUUAUGGAUCUCGGCAUCGGCAAAGUCGAAAGCGUGACACUUUGCAGGAACUGGAAAGAGAUCGAUAACAAAGUCGUCGAAAGACAAGCGGUCUUGCGGAAAUUAGAGGAAGCCUGGACUGUCCAUCUUGGAAGCCGAAGUGUGGAACGAAGCUUGGAAACUCUUCCAAUGGUCCAGCCACAUCCGCCACAACAUACUGAGAACAGCGGCAACGAGGAUAGCGAGACAAGUCACUUCCUGAGCGACGCAGAACGAGAUCCUGGCCAUAUCAGCCCAUAUGCGCAGCAACGCCCGACAGCGAAGAUUUGGUACGGCCGCUUCAAGCUGAGGUAUAAGAGAGUAGAUGCCAUUGACUACUACGAAGAGAAACUGCGCAGGCUUGACGAUGAGGUUCGCGCGCUGCGCAAGAAAGAAUUCGAGCCGACCCCGUUGGCGUUUGUGACUAUGGACAGCGUUGCAAGUGCGCAAAUGGCCAUCCAGGCUGUACUCGACCCUUCGCCACUACAACUCUUAGCCCACACAAGUCCGGCACCACAGGACGUAGUUUGGUCCAACACAUAUUUGUCUCGCGGUCAAAGAAUGUUUCGAUCUUGGUCGAUUACGAUUGCUAUUGGUAUAUUGAGUGUCUUCUGGACAGUCCUGUUCGUACCUAUCGCCGGUGCUUUGAACACGUGCUCCAUUCGAGAAGUACUGCCCAGCCUAGCAAAUCUGCUGCACGAACACCCUAAUCUCGAGAUUCUUUUUAAUAACCAACUCCCUACGUUGGCAGUCUCUCUGAUCAACGUACUUGUACCUUUCUUGUACGAUUGGCUUGCCAACAAGCAAGGGAUGAUCUCACAGGGCGAUGUUGAGCUGUCAGUCAUUUCGAAGAACUUCUUCUUCGUCUUCUUCAACUUCUUCAUUCUCUUCACCAUACUGGGGACUGCUUCUAAUUUUCUAACGAUGCUUGAACAAUUCGCCGAGAAGCUUACAAGCGCUACACAGAUCGCAUACGCCUUGGCUACAUCACUCUCGAACCUACUCGGCUUUUACACCAACUUCAUGAUCCUUCAAGGAUUCGGACUGUUUCCAUUCCGACUUUUGGAGUUUGGUGCCCUGUCUCUGUACCCGGUCUACCUGAUUGGCGCCAAGACUCCAAGAGAUUACGCCGAACUGGUACAACCACCGGUCUUCAGUUACGGGUUCUUCUUGCCGCAAACUAUCUUGAUCUUCAUUAUCUGUAUCGUCUACAGUGUGUUGCAAGACUCAUGGAUGGUCUUGCUCACUGGCUUGGCCUAUUUCAUGAUCGGUCAUUUUGUGCACAAGUAUCAACUCUUGUAUGCAAUGGAGCACAGACAACACUCGACUGGCAAAGGCUGGACAAUGAUGUGUGACCGCGUUCUCGUCGGCGUCGUACUGUUCCAAAUCACUGUGGCUGGUCAACUGGCUUUGAAGAAGGCGUUCAAACGGGCCGUUAUGGUAGCGCCGCUUGUAGUCUGUACUCUGUGGUUUCUUGUUGUGUUUGCGCGCACUUAUCGGCCACUGAUGAAGUUCAUCGCCUUACGAAGCCUGCGAAGUCCGGAACAAUCGGAGCUUGGACGCGACGUACAGGAAGAAGCGGUCGCCAAUGGGCAAGCGGGCAGACUUACACUAGACGAAGCCCCGGUGCACCUCCGUUUCGGGGGUGCUUCAAUCACGUCUUCUCAGAUAUACCUGUCGCGUGGGGUGGCGGAAACUAAGUCUGAACCAGCGCUUUCUAUCCUUACUCCUGAACCUCUCCAGGUAGACUCAUUCUUCAAAUCGUCAACGACGCGCAGAUCGUCACUCGCUCCACCACGUCCCCGCCGCGAACGGAUGUCGCACGCAAUGGACUUCGCAGUAACGACCCCACUCCUGACCGACGCAACCAUAACGCAGACGAAUCAACAGCAAGAAGCCACCCCAAACAGUACAAGCAAAGCGCAAUCGCCAGACCCAAGACGCUCCGAAGUUCUUCGCCAUGUCUUCCCUCGGCCUUCACGAACACGCAUCCCUCAUAGUGGCAAGACCCUACCUCGCGUUACUAAAGCCGACCGUUCCGACACUGCUCUCGCAUCCCGCCUACAGUCCAGGCCGCGAGUGGCCUUUCACAAAUACAUCACUUCGCUCUUCGGUAGCGUCGCAGAUCGUAAUGUGGUAGCAGAUAGUCCGGAGGCAAGAUCGCGGGCAUCUAGCUUUGGGUCCAGGCCGGGGUCUUCGUUAUAUGGCUCAGUACCCAGCUUAGACAUGGUCUCACCUGCCACAUUCAUGUUCAGCGGACCAAGCCUCCGCUCUGUAAGGUCUUACAGCGACUCCAUGUCUCGCCUUCCCAGUCUCGCAGAAACUAAUAGCGACGUACAACUACUACGUCGAGCGCAAACCGAUUCUUUUUCAAUGCUUGACAGCGCCAGUAUUAUUGAGGAUGCAAUCUUGGAGCCUGGUAUCGAUCAAGGAAUCACUCGGACAGUGACUGAUGUUCUACUUGGCGUUCGCACACCAUCUGAAGAAGACGAAAGCCCUUUUAUACUCCAGCACGUAUACGAUUACCUCAGCCCAAAGGACUCCAAUGCCGUACGCCAUACGUGCCGACACUGGAUGCGGGCAAGUCUUGAUAAGAACCUGCUCAAUGCAAUGCUAAGCAGAGGUGGUUGGCUGAGUAGCACUGAGAAUACCACUUGCGCAACGCAUGGUGCUGCUUCACAUUCCAUUACGACUGCUGUCUCGCACAGCGAAGAAUGGUCACUCAGUCGAUACCUUUGUCGGCAGUGCGCUUUGUCAUCUGGAUGGACUGGAAACGGACUGGAUACCAGAGCCGCUAUCGUGGAACGCUCUGGCGUUGACUUCACUGAGCUAGCCAAUGGAUAUGCUAGUGGGUUGGUGUUCUCCACAAGUCUCUGCGGCCGGUUUGUAUGUGUCGCACGAGAAACCCUAAUCUACAUCUACAACCUCGAAAGUGGACUUCCGGUGCCCAUCACUAGCGUCUUGUGCCCACGAAGGGUCAUCGAAGUAAGCAUGGACGUCUCCUCUAGUCGGCAUGCUAUCGCUGCGCUUCUCGAAGGACGCAUGGGCCUGGUUUGUGAGCUCCAAUAUGGACGCACAGUCGGAGGCAACGGUUCCGUCGAUGUCCAUGUUGAUGUUGAUGGGCCGGAGAAGGAUGUCACCACAUCUGCGUCUAUUCAGACUAGAUGUAUCAACGACUAUGAAGCUGGUAUGAGUCUUCGAGGACGCAACACGGUUCGAAUGCAUCGUCCGUUCGUCCAAGAGCGAGAUCCUGCAACCUUCGAUACGAUUGGCGUACGGUCGAACAACCAGCGCAUCAACCUCCAGAAUACGGACGAUCAUCAAACCCACGAUCAACACUUCAUCAAUCACGUAUGGAAUCUCAACAUCUCCGGACCCUCACGAGGGCCUUCUGCCCAAGGGCUUUGCACCUUCGAGUCAUGCGUUCACACCGUUCCUGUCGAAAGGGGAACCACGACGAUAUACCGCCAUCUCUGCGCCGAAGACGAUCCACCACGCAGUGUCUCUAUCUGCCCGCAACGUCGCUGCGUCGCCUUUGGAUGUUCAGCAGGAAUUGAGUUGCAUUGGAUUGAUGCGCUCACAGGACAGAGUUUGAGUCGCGAUCACCUGUACUUCCUUUCACCACGACCAGGCUUCGAAUCUGCCAAGAAGCUCCGUCUUAUUUCCAGUGCAGCACAUCCAGAAGAUCGGCCUGCCAUCAGCCGGAAAUUCUUCGGCCGGCCCACCAUGGCGUCAUUCUGGGGUUCAUUUGGGUUUGAAUCUGCGACGCAUCGUCCAGGCUCAACUAGUUGUGAUCACUAUCAUGCCCUUCCGCUAAGUGAUGGGUAUCACGUCCUGUUUAACGACCCUGUCAACGGCCGGUUGACACUAGGCUGCGACGCACCUCUUGGCGGACCUACGAAGCUUCUUCGGAAGAUCACGUUCACUCCACCAGAACAGAACGCUGUACCAAGGCUGUAUAGUGUGGCUGCGGAUUUGUCGCAGGGAGUCCGCGCCAUCGUGGCUUACGGCGACACUCUACUAUUGUAUAGCGUUCCUCCAGACGUCUGGGAUGAGCCAUUUCCGUCCAGUCAACCGAAACAACGCAACGGUGAGGAUAGCAGCUCCAUAUGGCCACUCGCCAUCGGCGGCACCGAGAUUGCAAGGUUGUCAGAUGUGUGUGAGCUUGCAAUACAGACCCAACCUGAAGUGCUGAUCUGGGCUUUCACGCAUACCUCCAAGUGCAAAACUUGGCGUCUACACAACUACGUUGACCCUGUUCUCGCUGAAAAGAGACACGUCUGCAGAAACGGAAUUAUACACGGCGCCUCUUCCAUCGACGAGUCCGGGGAUGUCGUCAUGACAGACGCACCACAAGCUUCGCAUGUCUGUGAAUCCAUCAACCACCACGUUAUCGGUGAUGAGAUCGAAACACUUCAAGCAGAGAGGUCACUUCUCGGCGGAUUCGAUGGUAAUGCGUCUGGUGUUUUGAAGAAGGUCCCGAAAGCACUGGCUGUGGAGAAUGAUGAGUGGGUGGAUUACCUGGACGUGAGAGGCUGUUUAGAUGCGCGGUAUGAUGCUGAUGGGGAUGUCAUGAUGUUGUAUGGGAGUUGA